AUGAAAAACGUUGAAUACUCAGCUAAGAGUAAGUGUGUUUCGCAACGAAAACAUCGCAACAAUCAUGUGUCCCUUUAAUUUGUUUCUUUUUUUCCUCAAAAUAAUUUUCAUUUUUUUUUUUCGAAAAAAAAUCGCAUGUCGCGACAAUAAAGCGUUUAGUUAAAAAUAAAUUUACAGGGUUUCCUUCGAAAUCCUCUGAUUUGGGAAUGACAAGCAGCGACGAAGAGUGCUACCCGAAAGAUUUUUAUGUCGAAUACCAGAACAAAAAACUGCAAUACGAUGAGGAUGAGGAUUCUGACAAUGAAUCCGGAACAACGCAACCAUCCGAUCAUUCACAAUCAAAAAAUUGUUCAAUGGAAACAAUUGACGAUGGGAGUCAAACUUCGAAUUCGAAAGUUUUUGAUGAUUCGAGAGAUCAAUCCAAGCGUGGACAUGAGGAUGGCGAAUCGAGUGCAGAUGAAGAUGGAAGUUUAGAAAAUGGGGAAGUGGAAAAAAUUGAUGAAACGAAUAAGGAUGGAGAUGAAAGCGAUGAAAUGAAUAAUAUAGAACAAGGAAAUCAGAAUGUUUUUGAUCCAGAAAACGUCGAUAAAGAAUUAUAUUCUGAUGAUUUUGUAGCUGGAUAUACUCUGACAGCAAGAGAAAUCUGGAAUCGGGAGUGAGUGAUAUUUGCUAAUAAAUUAUGAUUCAAAAUUCAAAAUUUGUACCGUUUUCAGAAUGAAAAUGCUCGAUCACACUCCAAACCGCUAUGAUAUUUUUCCAUUGACCACAAAAAAAAUUCUAUUUUUCGAGUUUAAAAACGCUUUCGGUCACAGUUAUCCUUCCGAUGGUUAUCAAUGGAAUGAUACCACCAAAGGAAUACGUCCAAGUUCGGACAAAUUCAUGGAAAAUGGAACUCGGAUCAAUGUUGUCCGAUGCAAGAAUGUGUCGAACCCGCUGUUCCAGAAAUGGGUUGAGUAAAUUUUAUAAUAAUUUUAUGUAACCAACAAAUAAUUUCAGGUUAUCAAAAAUGGAACCAGUUACAAGGUUCGUUAUGUUUUGCUCGGUGGAACGAUUGAUGUUUUGAACGACCAUAAAAACCGAUUGACCAGUAAACAAACAAACCUAAUCAGGGACAAAUGCAUUGGCGCAAAAGGCUGGAGAUUUGUCCAAAAACAACUCGCCGAAGAAGGUCAUCAUUUUGAUCGAGAUCAGGUGAGUUGAUGGAAAAUUUAAAAAUUGAUAUUGUAAAUUUUUACCAAUCAAAUAAAUUGGCCCGAAUUUAUUUUCAAAAAUUGUUUUUUCUGCUUAGGUUCUACCCAAAAAGUAGAUUUUUCAGUUUCAGACAUAAUUUCUUGUGUAAAUCUAACUUCAUUUCAGAUUCUAAAUCAAUCGAAAACCAUUCCGGCUUACUUGAUGCAAAAAAGAAAAACAGGGCCGAGGCCGACAACAAAUCCUGGCUCAUUGGCCAAUUUUCAAACAAAAAGGCAUGCAUCAUCGGAAAUUUGGCAAGGGGAAAUAAAUGGGAAAAGAUGUUGGAUGCUAAUGGAUUGCUUCGAAGAUUUUAUAAAGUUGUUUGCAAAGUUAUGCCCAACUAGACAAGAAUAUGCAAAACAUAAAGAAUUUUUGAAAAAAAUUAGAAGGAGCACCGGAGAGAAACGUCAGAAACUUAUCGGUAAAUCUUUUAUCAUUUUAUUAAAAUAAAAAUUAAUGGGCACUAUGCAAAUAUCUACUUAUCUACUUUCUACUUAUAUAUUAUUUCCCGAGGUGUCUUUCCGAAUUUAAAGGUCACGAGAUUUCUUGUUUUCUAAUAAAAUAAACAACUUCUAAAUCUAAUUGUAAAUAAUAUAAACAAAUAUGAAUCUGAAAUAAUGAAUACAAUCACAUGACCUUGAGAUGCGGAAAGACAUCUCGGGAAAAAAUAUAUAAGUACAUAGAUAAGUAGAAAGUAGAUAUUUACAAAUAAAUAUAAAAUGAAUUCAAUGAAAUUUUAUUUUUCUUUACAGCUGAUUUCUUGCUUGAAUAUCCCGACAACUACAAGUUUCGCAAUCGUCUUAUUCUCGAUUCAACUUUUAUGCUUAGUGAUUGCUAUUUGACAGUUCUUAUCGCUGAAAUUGGUUCAAAAUUCAGGUAAUACAUCAAAUUAUUAUGCAUAACGAAUUGUUUAUUUUUAACAGGACGAAAAACAAGAAGAACAAUAAUUCAAAAUCGCGAUUUGUUCCUGUAGCUUGGUGUUUGCAUUCUAAUCGAGAUUUACCGUCGCAUUCAAAGUUUGCCGAUUUUCUUCACAAAAAAGUUCAAAAGCCAAACAAAAAACACGGUCAUUCCAUGCAUCAUAACUGAUGGAGAAGCGAGUUUCUCCGCGUAUACUGCAGUGAGUUUGAAAUAAUAUUUCUUCUCAAAAUAAUAACACAAAAAAAAACAAAAUUAAAUAAAAAAUUAAAACUACAACAAUCCGCACGCCUGUUGUUUAGACAAACAAAUCUUUUCCCCCUCCUAUACACACACACUCUCUAAUUCCUACUAAAUUUAUUUAUUUUUAUUUCUGGCGUCCUCUCAGUUGCUUCAUACUUUUAUUUUUAGUCUCUUCACUUUUUAAUUCGCCCUUACUAUUUCCUCAUUUCCUAUGCGCCUAGAUUAAAUAAAGCGUCCUCCUAAGGUCCAGCAAAAGAGGCAUCACUGAUGAGACCUCCUCUUUACCGUCUGAUGAAAAGGUCGAAACGGUUUCUUGCGUACUCCCCACUCUAUUCUUCUUAUUAACUUCUAAUUCAUUUUUAAAUCUUUCCUAUUGCAACGAGAGAAAAUAAACCCUCCUCCCUCCAGCUCCAGAGAGAAUAGAGAAGACUAGAGAAAAAGCGCUCUAAUGAUAAUCUAUGCGAGAGAAAAUAUUUCGGAUUUUCACUCUGUAUAUAUUUCACAGUUGUCUUAUUUUAUUGUCCGUUUGGAAAUGAGAUUCACCCCGCGAAAAAAUAAAUUUGAAUUUGCUGCAGGAGACGCAGACAGCGAGAGAGUGAACUGGCAAACAGCCAACGGGGGUUUUGUAUGGGAAAGCGACCGCGACGCACACGCGUCGCGGGGGUAGGGGGAAAUUAGAGAUUUUCUCAAAUUCAAAUUUAUUUUUUCGCGGGGUGAAUCUCAUUUCCAAACGGACAAUAAUUCAUUCUACUUAUUCAGAAGCUUGGAUGGCCACACCUACGAUGCGAACUUCAUUUGCGGCAAAAUCUUAUCAGCAAAUUGGAAAAAGAUGGGGUGGAAUUGUACAAAUUGUUGUUUGGUGAAAGAGUACGUGAAAAGUAACAUUUUUUUUAAUUUGGUGCAAUUUUUAGGAUGAUGGAAACUGGAGCGUAGGAGCACUUGGAGCCGGAUCGUUUGAAGAAUUUGUCGAAAGAAUAGCUGUUUUGGAACAAUCUGGAAAACUCAAUGAAAACAUGUUGAAAUGGUACGUUUCUUCAAACGAAAUUCAAAAAUACCCUAUACACACCUCAAAAUCGUUGUUGUCAUAAUGAAAAAUUGUACGCUAACUUUUUACUAUAUGAAAACUGUGUCGUUCUCAGUUUUUGGCCUCUAAAAGCUGAAAAUCAGAUUUUUCAAAAUUGUCCCUAUAUUAAAGAAAAAUGGGAUUUCAAUCAAUACAUAUUUCAGGCUGGAUACUAGGAAAGAGUGGUUAUUUGACCAAUGUUCAUUGUACUCGAAAUUCGAAGGAGGAUUCCUCAUUUCGUUUUCAACAUCAAACCAGAUCGAAAGUUGGAAUUGUGAAUUGAAACAACGAUUGGGGAAAAGAACGACUGCCGACAUCGUUGCUCAACUUCUAGUAAAUUUACAAAUAGGUAACUUAAUUUUUCAAAACUGAUCGAGAAGUCGAAUUCGGAAAAAAAGUUCAAAGUUCCCGGCAUGAAAUUCCGCGUGGCAUGACUUUUCUAAAUUUAUUGCUUAUUUAAAAUAACAAAAAAUUUCUGAAUUUUCUAAACCAAUGCAUAAAAUAUAUGAAUCAACAUAGCUAAAUCAACUUGAUAAGCAACAUUUUCUUGCUUUUCAAAUUAGUGUUUAAAUUUAUUCAAAUUUCAGAAGAAAGCAGUAAUAUACUUCAAUCCAUGCAGUCAAACAGCCCAAAUAUUAUUUGUAUCGAUGCUGAUGAAAUAAAGAAAAUGACAACAUCGGAAAAGAAGGAUUAUUUUGCCGAAAUUGGAUGGAUCGAAAAUGAAGUUAUGACCUGGAAAUUUCCACCGUCGUGGUCAUACUGUGAGUUUUUUACAUAAAGGUUUUAAAGUAUAAAAUCAUCGAAAGAAUAAAAUCGGCCAUAAUAAACCGAUGUUAUUUCAAUUUUGUGUCAAGGUAUUAUAAGUAAUAUUUUUUAUUAAAUUAGCUUAACCACUAGAAUUUAAUAGAAGUUAUACAAAAAAAGCAAAAAUUAAAAGAAUCUCCGGGAAAAAGUCCGGAAAAGUUUUAUGUUUACCAUCUGUUGAGAGAAAAUAAUUUAUUGAUUUUAUAUUUUUCAGCAUUGGAUUUUGGAAAAAUGCGAUCAAUUGAGCUGAAAAGCCAGAAUCUAAUAGUCGAAGAAACAUCGAAGGUCUACAUAGUUGAAUCAGAAUCAAGCGAGCGAACAAGCAAUGAGUAAGUUACAAAAAAACAAGCCGCCCUUAAAAAUGUAUAAUUUUCUAGAUUUGUCCAAAUCAAAAAAUCGAUGGAAGGAAAGGUCUCAUGUUUGGUUUGUUCAAAAUGCAAACCAAAUCUACCAUUCAGCUUCUGUGAACAUAUGUAGGUCUUCCAUUUACUCUACAAAAUUAAUUCAUUCACAUUUUUCAGCUUUGCUAUACUCAAAAAUCUGCCGGAAAUCGAUCGCGAAAUGGAAUUAUUAAAGAUUGGGACAUCAAUCGAUAAUAAAAAAUCUGAAAUAUUCCAUCUGAAAUCGAUCUCAAAUGAUUCUGCUGGUGAAAAAUCCAAAAGGAAAGGGCAUCAAAAAUCACACAAGAAUUAUACUCGAACUACAACACGUGUUAUUGAUGAAUUUGAUUUGUGAGUUUUUUAUUUCUUUAAAUUUUUCCAAAUCGAUUCAGUUUUUACUAAAUUAUUCGCAUUUUCUGGAUGAAUAAUUAAAUUAGUUCCAAAACAUCAAUCACAAAUUUUAACGCUUCAUCAAAGUAUUUUAGGCCUACAACUGGGAAUUGUAUCGAUGCAUCAGCGGAUUCUUCAAUUUUGGAACAAAACGAAAAUGCAGUGCAUUCGACUGAUGAGUUUGAUAUCACCAUCAACUCAAUUUCCGAUUCACCAGAUAAAUCGCUUCGCAGAAGUAAGCGUAAUUCGGAUGUUUUGAAAUAUACAAACGAUGGAUUCAUCAAGAAAUCAAAGAAUUGA